GACAUAGAAACCACAGUGCCGAGCAACAGCAAAGUGUGCCCGGAGCUGGCACAGCUAAUACUCAGUGAUCGAUGUAUCACUACUUGCUUAGCAGAGGGCUGACGCGUGCACGAUUUUGGCUCCCCCUCCUGACUUGUGCGUCCAAUCUUGCUUGGCAACAAGCCCCAUAUAUAUAUAUAUAGGUCCCCCACGCGCCCACUGCCCCAUUUUCCCGCCCUCUGUAUAAGAACCAGCCCGAGAGCCGAUUUAGCUUGGAAAUGCUUCUGCGAGCUUGCUUCCUAGGCGUCCGUGACGCUGGCAGAGGUGACGCACAAGGAGCUUCACAAAGGGCCCCGACACCGACAACAGACGAGAUUGAAGUGACAGGCUCACUGCCACCGCCGUUAGGGGCUCGCGUGGCCCCAGGCCUACAAUCGCAGCCUACCAUUCAUGAAGUGAACGCACCUGCAGCACGAGUCAGUAGUCCAGUUGCGCCCGCAGCCGCUUUGGCAGACCUGUGCCUGUACCUCGGCAAGCGGGCCCAACUCACGGCGCUGCUCUGGCCCAGCAGCCAAGCCAGCAGCCCGUGUCUGCGCAUACACCAGCGGCUGGACUGCAGGGCGCCGUGUUUGAGAAGGCGCCUCUGGAACUAGGAAACUUGUCGCUGACCCAGAGGUCGAGUAGCAGCCAUGACAGGGGCAGCGGAGGCGCCCACGCCUGGCCCAGGGGCUGGCGCUGUCGGUGCACCCCCCCUCCCGGGCCCCUCACCCGCUAGGAAACCUGCUGGCAGCGGCGGCAGCAUUCGCCCGGCCUGGCAGCAGGGCCUGCACGCGGCGCCCUACACGGAGCUGUCGCCCAGCGAGGUGUCCGAGUGCGCGCCUCAUGAGAUUCUGAACGGGAUCGGUCUAUCAUUCCAGCAGCUCGGGCGCGGCAGCUUCGGCGUUGUCGUGGCAGGCACCUACAACGGCCUUGCCUGCGCCGUGAAGAUCAUGCUGACAAACCAGCUGAACAAACCGGCGCUGCGCGAGCUACUUCUGUCCCCCGCCAUCAACCACGCCAGCCUGGUCCAGACCUUCACCAGCCGCUGCGCGCGCCUGUCAAAUGGAUUCUUCGACCUUCUGGAGGACGUAGCCGUGCCGGGCGCCGCAGGCACAACAGGCACCGCCAGCGCUGCACGAAGCAACAGCAAGCCGCAUCGGAGCCGACCACGGCGGGCGCUGCAGCCCAUCCCGCUGCUGUCAGGUGACGGCUUCGGUGACCCAGGUUGCGGCGUGGUGGCGGGGGAUGACCCCUACCGUGUGCUUCACGCGGUGCUGCACGACUUCAUCGCAGAGACGAAUCAAUUCAUGAUCGUCAUCGUGCAGAUGCAUACACACGGCUCCUCACUCACACACAAGCACACACAUGCACACGCACGCACACAUGAGCUUUGCGACGGCACGCUACACGCCGCCAUCCGCGCGGGAGCCUUCCGCCCCAUCCCCACCAACCCGCAUUGGAACCUGCGUCUGGCGCGGCGCGCGCUGCUGCGCACGGCGCUGGAGAUGGCGCGGGGGCUGCUGCACCUGCACGACACCGGCCUGGUGCACGGCGACCUCAAGCCGCACAACGUGCUGCUGGCCAAGAGCCACGAUGACCGCCGCGGCUUCAAAGCCAAAGUCGCGGACUUUGGACUGUCCCACGUGCUGCCCCAGCGCGCUAACAGCGUUUCAACUGACAGCUUUGGCUCGCCUGCAUACAUGGCGCCGGAGGCCUUCACCGGCAGGGCCAGCAAGGCCACCGACGGCUACUCCUUUGGCGUGUGCCUGUGGGAGCUGCUGUGCGGCCGCACACCCUACAGCGACGUGCAAGGAGGCGCCGUAUGUAGGAUGCGCCCGUCCUCGAUGGCACCAGCCUCUUGCUUGCUGAUGGAACGUCGUCGUGAUUCGCUUGCGCGCGCGCAAUGUUGUCGCCGAGCUGGCGGCGGGCCGUGCGCCGGCGCUGGUGUGGCCGGACGGCGCGGAGAUGACGGACGGCAUCAUAGCGCUGGGCCGGCGCUGCAUGAGCCCACGCCCCGAGGACCGACCCGACCUCAAAGAAGUAUUAGAGGAGAUCAUUGAGAUCGAGCGCAUCAUACGCGCCGACCUGCUCGCGCCAGCCAUGGCAGCGUUAGUGGCGGCGGCGACAGCGACCGCAACGCUAUAAUAGAACGGAUUGUCAUCUGGCCCGUCUAUUUGGUGGUGUGAGAGGAAGAGAUACUUGCAUGCAGCCUCAAUCACGCGGUGUAUACAUGGGGCAGGUGACUUAAGCCGCAGCUGCAAGACACUAGUGGUAUGUUGCGUAUUGGAGCCACAGUGUUCGGGUACUGAGAAAAUAAUUCGCCAAAAUUGACAUGGGUAAAUUAAUUAUACGUGCCUUAAAUCAACUGUUGUGAGCUACAUACUGGGUGCAAGGGAGAUCUGCACUGAAUAAGGCGCAUGGCGGCACAUAUGAUAGUGAAGUAAUUCCAUGCACGUAUUGCUGAUUGAGAAUGCGUCAAGACUGGGGGAUAUUGUGUGCUUCGGAUUUUUGUAGGGCACAUCGACAACUGAUAUGCGCACUCCUGCAUGUAUUACUGUCUUCCGAGCUGCUACGCUGAGUUGAAGCUGGAUGGUGUAUGGUGGUCGCGUAUCAAGGGGUAGGCAACGUAGGCAGGGAAGCCAUAGCCAGCACUUGCGAGUUGGAGAGUAAUUACUGGCCCCGUAGAGUGCUCAUGGAAACGAUGGUUGUUUGCAUUUCGUCUAUACUGUACCCCUCCUUAAGUGUGAUAAUAAAUCCAUCGACGGCUGUGAGCUACAUGCUGGAGGUCUGCUGGUACUUCAUGGGUGCUCUGCGUACGGCUUUCCAUCACCGUCGCCGUAGCUUGAGGAGCUGGGUAACGUACUGAAGGUCAGUUCCAUGGUGCGUGUGGAAGGCAUGCCCAAUUUGGCUGAUCGGGCUUUGUGACACAUCAUUCUCGUCUUGGUAUGUAUGGGGCGCAUUUGAUGGCGAACGACUUAUUUGGUGCAGGCCUGCCGUCGUGGGUGACUGCAAGGCAGUCCGUGUGUCCUUUGACAAGCAAGCUUGGUGAUAAAUGUGUUAACGAGGAGGUGGAUGGCAACGUGUAAUUUGGUGAUUUCUCUUGAGCGAGGUGGCGGCUGUAGGCAAGGGGAUGUGCGCCCCAUGAGGGUGUUUGUGGCGCCCGUAAGCUAACUCAACAGAAAUAAUUUGGAUAGGAGACCAGUUUCGUGGGUCCGGAUUGCAGUGCCUGUGUGUUUCGCGCCGUCGGCCCUUCGGCCAACGUGCCGGGUGGCGCCCGCGAGUGCCACGAGGACGACGGGUCUGGUAGUAGUUGCUGCAGUUGGUGACUGCAUAACAAGAGGCGGCUACGACAGGACACGUAGGCGUAGCGCAGGCCAGAGGCGGAGGAGUGAUAGAGGACCUGCCCGGGCCCCGGCUGGGCCCCAAGUUGUGUGGUGCGCCGCCGUCCAAAGGCGGCCACGUUGCUUAGUGAAGGCGCAGUGGACGCGAGUUGGACCCAGGAACGCGGCCACGUAGCUAGGUAUGGCGUUGCGACGUGUGUUGAGCUAGGAAGGGUGCCACGUACGUAGCCUGUGUCGUACGGGCACCCCAUGCAGUAGUGUUUAGGCUGUAGCGGAGCCGUGCGAGGCGAUUCCGUGCCAUACCAGGAGAACCCCUGCCCGAAGGCGGCCUCUGGUGUCCAAGACUCUCAGACUACCAUCCGAGUCCUUGUAACGGACAAGUUGC